AUGGCUGAAGGAGGCGUUUCGAGUGCGUUUAAUGAAAAUGUGCCGGUUUAUGAACAUGUAGACGUGAAUUCCAAACCGUUUCACAUCGAGAGCUUCAGGAACUCAUGGCUGAGCGUGUUAAAACCUGAAGAUUAUUCCUAUAGCGAGGGAGCAGCAGGGGUGGAGGACGUGGACUUCAUAGAGGAGAUGGGAAUCACAGUGGAGACUCUGGAGGAUCUGAAAACUAUCUGCAGCACGGACUCCCUGCGAUGCCACCCGGAAGAUGAAGUUCCAGACCCAGACGUGAUUCCUCCGGACCCUCAGCUCGCCACUUUAAAACUUCGGAUGAGAAGACAGGACUACAGGAAGUCACUGCUACGAGAAGGCACGGGGAGACAUGACAUAUACGCUAAUGAGAUGGAGAUGCUGGCUAUGGGCAGGAGGCCUGCAGAUCCUGCAGAUAUCGUUCCUGAGGGAGAAGUCAUCCUCACCUUCAACGUCAUCUACCCGGCCAUAUUCGAACGGUUUAGGCACGUCAGGGCCUUCCAGACUCUGAGUGUUCUGGGCUCUCAGAAGCUCACCGAGCUGAGAGACGGGAUCUGCUGCGUCAGCGACCUGCAGGUUUUCGGAGAGUUCAGUAACACCCCCGAUAUCGUUCCCCAGUUCAUCAGCAAGGAUCAUUACAAGUCUGCGUUCUUCUUCUUCGAGGGAAUCUUCUACAACGACAUGCGCUUCCCAGAGUGUCGGGAUAUCAGCAGGGUGACGCGCGACUGGACCAAGCAGCACGACUUCCCCGAAUUUAAAAGCGCCAGGAUGGAGGACGUGACGUUCAACGACCUGAGGGUGAAGGUGGGGUAUCCGUACCUGUACUGUCACCAGGGCGACUGCGAACACGUCCUCAUCCUCAUCGACGUCAGGUUGGCCCAUAAGGACGACUGCUUGGACAGGAAGUUUUACCCGCUGCUCACCCAUAAACACCGAGUGGUGACCCGUAAAUGCUGCGUGUGCCACCUCUACAUCAGCAGGUGGAUAACCAUAAACGACCAGAUGGCCCCGAUGGAUCCGUGCCUGUACUGCGAUCAGUGUUUCAGGAUGCUCCACUACGACCAACACGGCAAUAAACUGGGGAAUUUCCAGGCGUACGCGUACGUGGACCCCGGGGCGUUCAACUGAGCGUGCUCGGCGCCGGACCUGCGUGUUUAAGUGUGUGAUUGUACGGCCGAGGAGAUAAAUAAUAUUAUGGACACAUUUAUUAUUUCGGAGGCACUGAAGAAGCUCCUGUUCCUCCUUUCUUGUCCAUGUGAUGAGCAACAAGCAUCUUUCUAACAACCAGGGUGGUUUAAAGCUUGCUAGACUGUGGGCACCAUCACCAACGUUUCAGACCUGGCCAUUCAGACAGUUCUUGGCAGACAGACCACUGUUCCAUGGCCCAGUCUGAUAGGUGUGAUCAAACCAGCCCUAUUUAUCUAAACAAGGAAUUAGGAGUCCAUGCCAUCCACCACAUAAUUGUACGUAUUUCUGACCCUGCAAAUGCUGCUACGUUUUCAUCAGUCACAUGGGGACAAAUUUCCACCCUUGACGAGAUUAAAUUUGGGAGGAACUGGCGGGUGAUUUCGCUUUUAACCGGGGUGGAAAUGAAUGAAUUUAGUUCCACACCAUGUGGUAUACAGGAUGCAGUUUAGGACACAGCCUUGAAUUCAUAGGAAAAAGUGCUGUUGUAUUUAAGCACUAGAAUUUAAUCUGAGCCAGACGCUCCAACGGGGCAUCCAAACAGCUCCAGGAGAACUGAAGCGAACGGUAAGUCCAGUUCUCAUUCAUUUUGUUAAGGACUGGGCUUGUUUACCGAAGUUGUAGAUGUUUAUUUGCCGUAAAUGGUGUGUUUCAGUGUUUUGGUUUGACCAACAGUGACCAUGGCUAUGCUUGAUAUUUGAGCAUUUAUACACCCCGCCUUAAAUGUUGUGAAGCUACAUUUAUAAUAAAUAAAUAAA